GCAAUCUAGUUUUUAUAUGUAGUGGUUUAAUUUCUGACAUUCGCAUAUUUGCAAAAAAUGUUUUCCUAUGAAAGCUUCUAUUAUCGAAGGUUUAUGUCCCCCCUCUACAACAUCGUGAUGCGCUCUCCCGCACCCUCUGUCCGUUUUCAAGUUGCGCCUUCUCGCAGUAUAGUUGAAUGUGCCAAAUAAACUGUAGAUUACAGACACAUACAUUACCAGGCGGAAUAUAGAAACGGCAAUAAUAACCGAAAUGGGAUAAAUCUUCCGGAUGUACGACAGGAUUGUAUAAACAUAUGGACCAAAGCUAAGAAGAGGUGCAUUCGCGGAUCGUUUGUAAGAGUGUCCAUUUUCUAAGAUUCUAGCUAGAAUGAAGAUGCUUGAGGCAGGGAGCUAAAGGCCUCACCAGAGCGGAGUGCGUGCUAGAGCCAGGGGCUGGGGCCUGACCAGAGGCCCCUGAGAGGGUUGCAGGUCCAUGGGGACCAUGGGGGAUCCUGGAGGCUUCACCACAACAGGGGAGCGGGUGAACCCUGCCCACGUUAUGUUUGACCGCUUCACCCAGGCCUCCACCUGUAAAGGCACGCUCAAGGCCUUCCAGGAGCUCUGUGACCAUCUGGAUCUCAAGCCCUGCGAGUACCGGAUCUUCUACCACAAGCUCAAGUCCAGGCUCAACUACUGGAAGGCCAAGGCACUCUGGGUUAAGCUAGACAAGCGGGCAGGCCAGAAGGAGUACAAGAAGGGACGAGCGUGUGUCAACUCUAAGUGUCUGAUCAUUGGGGCGGGACCAUGUGGCCUGCGGACGGCCAUCGAGCUGGGCUUCCUGGGGGCCAAGGUGGUGCUGCUGGAGAAGAGAGAUGCUUUCUCCAGGAACAACGUGCUCCACCUGUGGCCCUUCUCCAUCCAGGACCUCAGGGGCCUCGGGGCAAAGAAAUUCCACGGAAAGUUCUGCGCUGGAGCCAUCGACCAUAUCAGUAUCCGCCAGCUCCAACUGAUGCUGCUAAAGGUGGCCCUGCUCCUGGGCAUCGAGAUCCACGUCAAUGUGGAGUUCAAGGGUCUCAUCGAGCCCCCCGAGGACCAGGAGAACGAGAAGAUAGGGUGGAGGGCUGAGGUCCACCCCAGGACACACCCAGUCAACGAGUUGGAGUUUGACGUCAUCAUUGGGGCAGACGGAAGAAGAAACACGCUGGCAGGGUUCAAGAGGAAGGAGUUCCGAGGCAAGUUGGCCAUCGCCAUCACGGCCAACUUUAUCAACAGGAACACCACGGCCGAGGCCAAGGUGGAGGAGAUCAGUGGAGUGGCCUUCAUCUUCAACCAGAAGUUCUUCCAGGACCUCCGGGAAGCCACGGGAAUUGACCUGGAAAACAUUGUCUACUACAAGGAUGACACGCACUACUUUGUGAUGACUGCCAAGAAACAGAGCCUGCUGGAGAAGGGAGUCAUUCUGCAUGAUUAUGCAGACACAGAGAUGCUGCUGUCUAGGGCUAACGUGGACCAGGAGGCUCUUCUCUCUUAUGCCCGCGAGGCCGCAGACUUCUCCACCAACCACCAGCUGCCCACUCUGGACUUUGCCAUCAACCACUACGGACAGCCCGACGUGGCCAUGUUCGACUUCACCUGCAUGUACGCUUCAGAAAAUGCGGCGCUCGUGCGCCAACGCAAUGGACGCCAGCUACUGGUGUCUCUGGUGGGGGACAGUCUACUGGAGCCCUUCUGGCCCAUGGGCACUGGUAUAGCCCGGGGUUUCCUGGCAGCCAUGGACUCGGGCUGGAUGGUGAAGAGCUGGGCCCAGGGAAACACCCCACUGGACGUGCUGGCUGAGAGGGAGAGCAUAUAUCGCCUGCUGCCUCAGACAACACCACAGAACAUCAGUAAAAAUUUCAGCCACUACAGUGUGGAUCCCACCACGCGCUACCCUAACAUCAGCCUCCACUUCCUCAGGCCCAACCAGGUAAAACACCUCAUUGACACAGGGGAUUCAAGCCGUGAAAUGCGUAUCGAAAUUGAGAAUGUAGUCACCUCGUCAACACCCAAGCUCACCCGAAAUGAGUCCAUCGCUCGCUCCAGCAAGCUGCUGAACUGGUGUCAGAGACAGACAGAGGGCUACAGGAAAGUCAGUGUGACCGACCUCACCAUGUCCUGGAAGAGUGGCAUGGCCCUGUGUUCCCUCAUCCACCGCUACAGACCUGACCUCAUUGACUUUGACUCCCUGGACGAACGGGACCAACAAAAAAACAACCAGUUGGGCUUCGACGUGGCCGAGCGGGAAUUUGGAAUCUCCCCCUGCAUGACGGGCAAGGAGAUGUCCCAGGUGUCAGAGCCCGACAAGCUCUCCAUGGUCAUGUACCUCAGCCAGUUCUACGAGAUGUUCAAGGACACAGUUCCCCCUGGGGCCGGAGAUAACCAGAACAUGAGCCCUGAGGAGAAGGCUGCGUUGAUCAACAGCACUAAGUCUCCCAUCUCCUUCCUUAGCAAGCUGGGCCAGAGCAUCGCCAUAUCCCGCAAACGCAACCCCAAGGACAAGAAGGAGAAGGAUGUGGAUGGUUUGGGGAAGAGGAGGAAGACUAGCCAGGCUGGCCAUUCUGAAGAAGAGGAGGUUUUGAGGGGUAACCAUGAUGACAGGCCGUCCAACAGUACUGCUCUAACGGAGAGAAAGAUGAAGGAAGAGACAGCAGCUGUAGGGAACCAUAACAAAGUCAAGUCCAUGGCCACCCAGCUCCUCGCCAAGUUUGAGGAGAAUGCUCCUGCAGAGUCCAAGGGCCUCAAACGACAGGGGGAUUCUCUGCCCAAUCUGGAUCUUCUUGUGGCACAGCCCCCUCCCCCGCCUCCUGCCCCCCUGGACCCACCCAGGGAGUCUGUCUGCCUAGCUCUGGUCCCUGCAUGGAGACAGAAACAAACCCAACAGCAGGAGCAGCUCAGCUUUGGCUAUAAGGAGAUGUUCAAGUGUCAGACCCUACCCAACAGAGGGGAGCAGGGUUCCCUGAGGAAGGAGUUUCCCCAGAACAUCGGGGGCAGUGAUGUGUGCUUCUUCUGCCAGAAGCGUGUGUACGUGAUGGAACGGCUGAGUGCCGAGGGCAAGUUCUUCCACCGCAGCUGCUUCAAGUGUGACUACUGCGGAACCACGCUUCGAUUGUCAUCCUACGCCUUCGAUGUGGAGGAUGGGAAGUUUUACUGCAAGCCGCACUACUGUUACCGCUUGUCUGGUCAAGCUCAGAGGAAGAGGCCAGCACCGACCUCUGCUCUGCUCAAUACAAAGGACAACCAGGCGUCCUUGCCCGUCAUGGUCAUCGUGGACUCCCCCGGGAGGGGGGCGAUGGCAUCCCUGUCUCCCGCUGAGCGCCAGACCUCAGUCCCAGAGGUCAACGGGCUGCAGGAGCCCAGCCUGCCUAAGCGUCUGCGGGGCACGCCGGAGCGCAUCGAGCUGGAGAACUACCGUCUCUCUCUACAGCAGGAGGAAGAUCUGGAGGAGGUGCCCGAGGAGACGCUGGCUGAACACAACCUGAGCAGCGUGCUGGACAAGGACAAACACACAGAGCUGGGCUCCAGCAGCUCUGAGUCUGACAUGGAGGAGGACCAGGAGGAUGAGGAGGAGGAGGACCAGGAGGAUGAGGACCAUGAGGAGGAGGAGCAGCAGGAGCCCCCCAGCCCCUCAGACCUGGGAGGGGUACCCUGGAAAGAGGCUGUGGAGAUCCAUGCUAAGCUGAAAACCGACAGCGACCCAGGGGCCGAGGGAGAGGACGGGGCUCAAAUUGUUAGAGACCUAAAGGUGGAGGAGGAGGAAGAUGAUGAAGAGGAGGACGAUGAGGAGGAAUCGAGUGAUGAGGGGGAGUACUGCCCGUGGGAGAGGGAGCUCCAGUCAGGCGCAUGGCUGGAGAACCUCAAAGAUGAAGAGGAUACAGGUCCAUUUAAAGCCAGAUACCUGCAGAUCCAGCAAGUGCUGCAGCCUGUGGAUCCUACAGUCAUUAAGAAUAUCAGAGGAGUCUCCCUGCUGUCGGAGGGGCCUCCUGCCUCAGCCUCCCAGCCCUCCUCCACAGAGACCUGUGAGGAUGAGGACCCGGAAGUAGAAGUUGGCAGCCAUGAUUUUGAGCCGGGCACCGAGAUGGAUCAGGAAGACAUUCCCUCCGAGGCUGAGGCUCUUCUUCACCAGUCAGAGAUCAGUGAAGCGUUUCCUGAAGAGGACAAGAAGCCGGAAAGUCAGGGGCUCGCCUUCAGCAUUGAACAAUCUAGUGUCAGUCCAGUGAAAUUAGUUGGGGAAGUCAAACCACCGACUCCACAGCCUGAUUCACAGAUGUCUCACCCCUCUCCCUGCCUGGUCAAAUCCCCUGGCAUGCACUUUUUCCCAGAACCUUUUCCACUGGAGGACGUCACAACACCACAGAGGACAUCUCAGACUCCCAAUGCCAAGAGCCCUCCAUACCUUGCCCCCACUAUUUCCCCCAUCCGCUCCCCUGUUUGUUCCCCCGUCCAUUCCCCUAUCUGCUCACAGCCUGUCCCACUGCUCGAAACCGUUACCACCAAAUCCCCUGUUAACUCUCCGUCAUGCUCCUGUCCCCCGACAGGGAACCCGCUGUCUCCCAUCUGUGCCCAGCCACUGCCCUGCCAAGAGCCUUCCUCAUCCCUCACCUCCGACUCCCCCGUCAGAACUCAGCCUGUCCCUGCAGUCACCUCCACGCCGCUGGUCGAACCAGCCUCAUCUGACAGGGCUAUCCCCGAGCCACAAAAAUCCCUAGACUUAUCAGACCUGGAAAUCCCUGUCAAGAAGACGGACAUCAUCGAGGAGUUCUGGCUGAAGAGUGCAGAGAUCAGAAAGAGUCUGGGUCUCACCCCAAUGGAACGUAGCAGCAGCAAAUCCCCAGAGAAGAGUCCUGUUACUGUGGGUAGGGUUCCCACCCCGGACUCCUCUUCGCCCAAGUCCUACACCCCAGAGGACUUGUCGGAGCAGCUUUCCCCCUUCACUGGCCGCUCGGUAAUCCGCAGGCUGAACAUUACAGUGGAGGGCCAGGUCAUCCCUGUGGAGCCCAAGAGCAAAGCCACGGAUCAAAGGGACCUAAGCAGCAGCUCUGGCCUGGGCCUCAAUGGCAGCACGACCACCAGCCAGACCAGCCAGGCAGCCAGCGACAUUUACAACACCUCCGACUCCACGAUGCUCACCCCGCCCUCCAGCCCCCCGCCGCCCCCACCCAACGAGGAGCCAGCCACCCUAAGGCAGCAGCAGAAGCACCAUGUCUCCUGGAACAAUGGGAUCGAUGGCCCCACUACACCUGAGCCAGCCAAGGCAGCACCCGCCAAGAUCAAGGGCCCUGUGCCUGUACCGAGGACCCAACUCAGCCCUGUGUCUGUGCCCAAGCCUGCCCCCAGGGCUACACUGGUCAUGUCACCAAUCACAGCUCCGGUCAAUGCUCCUGUGGUGACCAUGAGACAGGAGAAGAGCAGCAAACCACGUCGGGAGGAGGUGAGGAAGUCAUUUGUGGAAUGCGUGGCAGAGAUCCCGUUUGCAGACGACGUGGAGGACACGUAUGACGAGCGGACGCCAGACACAACCAUGGACAGAUUCUACACCCCACCCACAAGCAGGCCCAACAGGGAGAGGGAGAAACCUCCUCUCCACUUGGCCCUGGCUAUGGAGAAUGGAACAGCCAAUUUCCCUGGGAACCAGCAGGCCUCAAAAAAACAUAAGGCCCAGCAGUUCUCCCCUGAGGCCAAGGAAAUAGCUGAAGAGCGGAUGAGAGCCAGAGAGAAGUCAAUCAAGAGUCAAGCUCUAAAAGAUGCUAUGGCCAAGCAGCUCAGCAAGAUGAAAGAGACGGACAUGGCCAAGGGCUCUGCCGCUACUGCUAAAGUGGUGUGGAACGUGGCCUCAUCAGAGACAUCCGGAAAAAGUACUAAGAAGUUGUCCGGCUCGCCAAAGACAUCUGCGGUGAUUGCUCUGGAGUCAAAGAAGGCGGAGACUUUGCCAGAGCUUUUCUCCAGCAUUCAGGUUAACAAGAGUCUGGACGGCUCGACUGUCUCCUCUGACGGCUCCGCCUCGGGAGGCAAGAGCAAGAAGCGCAGCUCCCUUUUCUCGCCACGCAAGAACAAGAAGGAGAAGAAAGCCAAGAACGAGAGCCGGCUCUCCUACAAGCACGGUGCAGACGAGACGCCGUCGCCUCCUAAACACAAGUCCCUGUGGAAGGCAGUGUUCUCAGGGUACAAGAAGGACAAGAAGAAGAACAAGGAUGACAAGUCGUGUCCCAGCACGCCGUCCAGCUCUACCACCAAUGACUCAGGGAAGAAGAGAUCAUCUCCUCUCGGGAGGUCAUCAGAUUUGAAGUCGCGCCGAAACCGGAGCUUCUCUGAGGACUCAGAUCUGUCAUGUGAUGAUGUGCUGGAGAGGUCGUCCCUGAAGUCUAAGGCAGAUUCUGUUUAUGUCCCUCACACAUUGGCGUUCAAGAGAGCGUACGCCACAAAGAAAACCUAUACAGAGGAGGAGCUCAAUGCCAAGCUGACACGGAGGGUACAGAAAGCUGCCCGGCGACAGGCCAAGCAGGAGGAGUUGAAGAGGCUGCACAGAGCCCAGAUCAUCCAGAGACAGCUGGAGCAGGUGGAGGAGAAGCAAAGACAGCUGGAGGAGAGGGGCGUGGCCGUGGAGAAAGCCCUGCGAGGGGAAGCAGACUAUUGGGGAGAGUCUAAUUACAGUGAAAUCAUGGACUUGCAUCUGGGCGGGAUGGGCAAAAAGGACGACCCCAAGCUCAUGCAGGAGUGGUUCAAACUGGUCCAGGAGAAAAACGCCCUGGUGCGAUACGAAUCUGAGCUGAUGAUAUUUGCACGAGAACUGGAGCUGGAGGAUCGCCAGAGUCGACUGCAGCAGGACCUGAGGGAACGAAUGGCAAUUGAAGACCACAUGAAGACUGAGGUAGAGCUGGCGCAGGAGAAGCACAUCUUGAAUGAGAUGCUGGAGGUGGUGGAGCAAAGAGACUCCCUGGUAGCCCUCCUGGAGGAGCAGAGGCUCAGUGAGAAGGAGGAGGACAAGGACCUGGAGUCUGUCAUGCUCUCCAAGGGCUUCAACCUCAACUGGGCCUGAGGAGGAGAGACUAAACUCACCAUCCACCGUAACUCAGAUAAUACACUACCCCUACUCUGUGUCAGAGCUCAGUGAAGGCCCAACCCACGGCCUCAUGCUCGGUCCCAGAUAACCCAGCAGAGAAUGUGUACAGAAUGGAGUUGUUCCAUUACGGCUCCUCUGUUGGAGCCGUCUAUAAUGUUUACAUAUCUACCCUGCCACCAGCCAGGCAUCAUUACCUCCAUUAUCUCCCCUCACUAUCAAAUCACGGUGGGAGGAGCAACUACAUCCUGGACUUUCUCAGAACUUCAGAAGUUCUUGGAGCGGUUCUCCAGAAUGGGGAACAAUGUUUUAUUAUUUCUUUUAAUCUCAAAUACGCAAAGGGAAGAAAGAGUUUAGGUCCUGCUGAUGUAAAGGAAUUCAAUGUAUGAUACCGGUUUCGAUGUACUACAUGUGUAGAACACAACAUAUUAGCAAAGCGGGGGUUUUAGAUGAGGGUAGGCCCUUGACCUAUUGACUGUUACAGGGUUUCCAUGGGAAGGGGUGGAGUCGUCUCACUCUCAUUCUAUCAGUCUCAACCUAACCUCAUAACAUACUCUACUAUUGUGACUGCUGACUGGGGAGGGACAUCCUCUCCUUUAUCUGCCUUUCACUCCAAUUACACAUUGGCUUCCACAUUCUGAGGAGCCAAUAAGGAUGAGACUCUAAAAGUCCCAUCAUUUUUUUGCACAGAGAUUCACCUGAAGAGUCAACACUAAGGAUCAAUGUAAUCUGGUCACUUGGUUGUUUUGUAUUUAUUCGCUUGGUUUUGAUAGAGAACCUGAAUGAACUAAUUUUGGUAUUUUCCGUGUUCACGGAGGAGAGUGCCUGAACUGGAGGCUCGACGGAUUGCACAUGUGCUUUCUUUAUUACAUUGACUGCAAGGAAAUCAACACAAAACUCCAUCACCAAGAAGCCAUUGUGUAAUGGCUUGGAGUGGAGGCUGCUGCAGGCUCAGAAAAAUAUCCUGCGUUACAUUGUCUUUGACUCUGAAAGUUGUGCUGGUGUGAAUAGUUAACCUGUAGCAUAGAUUCAUUGACACAUGUACACUUCAGCAAGCAACCCACUUGACACAUCUCUUGGUGUCCUAGUUCUGAGCGAUCAUGUGGUUUCUCCAUACCAUGCCAUUCACCAUAAAUCACACUGAUAUUUAUAAUCAGUAGCCCUUAUUCAACACUAAUUGGCAUAUACCAUGAAAUGUCCUCAGUGUAGGUUAAACAGUGAAGAGAACAACGUUCGGGGCAGUGUCUUACUGGGCUUACACAGUAUCAAUACAUCGUGUUAUCAUAAUACCAUAAGUGAACUGACAUCCCUAACCGGUGUCAUGAGACACUUGCGUCAGUGGAUAUACUUCAAUAGGGAAGUUGUAAACCACAGAACUCUGGCUUCGCUCUCCCUGGGCUGAGGUACAUUACCUGCUUUGGAGCAAGAUGCCCUUUUCCCUUCUGUUUUCAUAUUUUAGUUUUCUUUUUAGGGUUUAAACUUUUAUGUAUCCCACCAGAGGUACAUUUCUAUGUUGUGUUUUUUGGUAAAAUCCUUUCAUACAAUUACAGGUUGUCAAACAGCAGUUAUGAGUAGAAGUGGAGACAGGAAGGUUGCUCUAAACCACUUCUACUCUGUCAGUCACAGGAACAUGUGCUUUUGUUUGGCAUUUGACCUUACUAGCCUUUCGGCCAAACUGUAAAUCUCUGGUUGGUCACAGUUUUAUAUAUUUUUCUGUAUUGAUAGAUACAUACACUGAGAAUUUGUGUAAGAAUUAAACGGAGCUGUGAAUACAAAAAAGUUACAUAAUUUCAAGGCUGGUUUAGAUGGUUUGUGAUAAGUUUGACAGAUUUUAUUGAUAUUUAUAAACAUGUGUGCAAAAAUGUAUCAUAUGUAAAGAAAAAUGAAUCCUAAUUUUUAAAACUGUAUGUUGACACACACGACAAAUAUGUAAAUGCUGCUUCAUUUAGCCAAAAUGCAUAGGGUGUUGGAUGUAUGCUGAAAUGGCAAUAAAGCAAUGCGGUUGUUCAUUUAGAAACGCAUGUCUCCUUUUAUGUGUAGGCUUCUGUAUAAACUUACUACAACUAUGAUUUUAUGAUAGAAAUGUGAAUAUUCACCUUAUUAAUGACUGUCCUGCAUAGUAGGCACCCUUUGGGUGUUGCCUGUCAAUUCCACUUAUUUGGUCUAUUCCAGAACUAGCACACCUGAAGAAAAGCUGAUCUUGAUUAUUUGCCCAAUUCAAACCAGGAGUGCUUCUUUUAUGGCAUAUUAAAUAAGUGCAAUGUUCUCAGAAUCUUCCCAACAUGACAGUAUGUGUUACAUGAACCUGGCAACAAAUUAAUUAAAGGAUGUUUUCACUUUUACUGUA